AUUCUCUCUUCUCAUUCUUCCCAUCUUCUUUUAUUUUCCCUUCAUUCCUAAAUACCUUCAAAUUCCAUCUUCAAAAGUUGUAAACUUUAAUAAACAAUGUCUCUUUGGCCAUAUUCAGUUUUUCUUCUUCUUUUCAUUCUGCUCACUUCAAGUAAUGCAAACAAUGAACAAAGGCUUCACCUCAAAAGACUUCAAAGAACACAUCAGAGCAAUAGCCCAAGUUGUUAUUCUCAAAAAUCAAAAAGUGAAAAUGGAGCAACAAUAUUGGAAAUGCAGCACAAAGAUUACUGCUCUGGAUCAGUUACCAACAUGAACAGAAAUCACCAGAAACAACUGAUAGUUGAUGAUGAUAUUCGAGUUCGGUCAAUACAAGCCAGUAUCAAGAACAUCAUUUCUGGAAAAAUUGCAACUUUAUCACAAACCAAAAUUCCUAUUUCUUCUGGUGUCAAACUGCAUAGUCUAAACUACAUUGUCACAGUAACGUUAGGUGGUCGAAACACGACAGUAAUUGUGGACACAGGAAGUGAUCUCACAUGGGUUCAGUGUCAACCUUGUAGAUUAUGUUACAAUCAACCAGAACCUCUGUUCAACCCCUCUGUUUCUCCUACUUAUCACAAAGUUGUAUGCAACUCGUCGGUUUGUCAAACUCUUCAGUCUGCAACCGGAAAUUCAGGGCAAUGUGGGAAUGAUUUACAAGAUUGUAAUUAUGUUGUCAGCUAUGGUGAUGGAUCCUACACUCGAGGCGAACUUGGUCAAGAUCAUUUGGUUCUUGGAAGCACUUCUGUUGAGAAUUUCGUCUUUGGUUGUGGAAGGAACAACAAAGGUCUAUUUGGUUUAGCAUCAGGGCUUAUGGGACUUGGAAGAAGUGAUAUUUCUUUGAUAUCUCAAACAUUUGAGACUUUUGGUGGUGUUUUUUCCUAUUGUUUACCUUCAGCUGAAGCCAAGUCCUCUGGCUCAUUAGUACUAGGAGGUGACAGUAACACUUCAAUUUUCAAGAACUCUACACCUAUUUCUUACACUAGAAUGUUAGCAAAUCCACAGCUUGUUACCUUCUAUUUUCUCAAUCUAACCGGGGUUACUAUCGGUGGGGUGGCUAUUCAAGAUUCAGGUUUUGGAAAAAGUGGGAUGAUCAUUGAUUCUGGUACAGUUAUUACAAGGCUCCCACCAACAGUAUACAAAGGUGUUAAAGAAGAGUUCUUGAAACAAUUUUCAGGGUACCCUUUUAAACAAGGAGUUUCAAUACUUGAUACUUGUUUUGAUCUUUCUGCAUAUGAAGAAGUGAACAUUCCCACUGUUAAAAUGCAGUUUGAGGGUGGUGGUGAGAUGGAAGUUGAUGUUACUGGGAUUCUUUUUAUUGUAAAAAGUGAUGCAUCACAAGUCUGUUUGGCUCUAGCAAGCCUCCAAUAUGAUGAUGAGAUUGGAAUUAUUGGAAAUUAUCAGCAGAAGAAUACUAGGGUUAUAUAUGACAUAAAACAAUCACAAGUUGGAUUUGCAAAAGAGACAUGUAGUUUCUGAGUUUUCAUCAUGCAGAUAAGAUAAAUCAAUAAUGUGACUUUUUGGUAAUGAAAUUUUAAGAGUGAUUAUUUUUCUAAUAUAAACAGGUUUUAAAACGUUUCAAUG